AUGGAAUACUUGUCAUGUGUAUCUGAAGUAUCUGAAAGGAUUUUGAAUGAGAGCUUCUUUUACAGGGGACUUCGAGCCAAUACCUCCUUCUCUUUGGACACAGCCUCUUCGCACAAUAACUCCUUCUCUUUGGACACAGCCUCUUCGCAGAAUACCUCCUUCUCUUUGGAUACAGCCUCUUUGCAAAGCAUCAAUGAAUGGAUUGCCUAUCCUCCAUAUUUUAAGAUAAACAUGUUUUUGAUCCCACCAGUUAUAUGCCUAAUAGCAGCCAUCCUGGUCAUUCCUUUCAUCUUGUUUGUCAUUUUCUCCCAAGACAACAUCCGUCAGGAAACAAGGUACUUGCUGCUGGGAAAUGCUUUACUUUGUGAUUUGCUAUAUCUGAUACUCUACACCAUGUCUGAGGUUUUCAGUGUGUCUUACCUCGAGCUUCCCGAAAUUGCUUGCGUGGCCCUGCUGUUUUUAUUGGCAAUGACUUACUGUGGUGGGCUGCUAACAGGGGUAGCCAUGGUCCUGGACACCUACCUGGCCAUUCUUUGGCCUUUACAUUAUCUCUCCAUUUUGCCCUCUGCGCGCACCAAGAAAGUGAUACUAUUCCUAUGGAUCUCCUCUGGGAUUUUCCCUGGGAUUGUCUUCUUAAUACUUGGGAGUACUGAGAAACCCAGUGUGUGUCCCGUGGAAGACUGUUCUGUUCCGAUAAUCCUGGCAAUGACUUUACAAGGAAACAAUGCAGUGAAAUGUUGCUAUGUGCUCUCGGUCUCUGCCCUUUUUCUCUGCCUGUCCCUCAUUCUCUGCUGUUAUAUGAUCCUGUAUUGCAAAACAAAAGAGUCAGGGAUAUGGAAGAGCAUUUUCUCUAGAGCCAGAGUGACAUUCCUGAUGCACCAAAUUAUCUUGUUCUUCCAUUUCUCUCCUGUCUUGGCCACUGUGGUGGAGUCACUACUGUAUGUCAAUGCUAUAAUAGGGCCACGGACAGGGAUGUGGCUCUCUCUGGUUGUCUGCAAUGUGUUGAUCAUAAUACCCAAAGCUUUGUCGCCUUAUCUGUAUGGGCUCAGAUACAGGGAGAUCUCCUCCUCCCUCAAGUUCUUGCUUAGACGGAAACGUUCUACUGUUGUGGCUCCUACGUCACUUGCUUGA